CUCUCUUUUUUUAAAUCCUCUUUUCCUUUUUAUUCCUCUUCAAUUAUUUAUUUACUAAAUAAUAUAUAUAUACACACGCACGCGGAUAUUUACACGCGAAGUUGUUUUGCUAGCUUAUCAUUUACUCUCAAAUUUCUAAUUACGCAGCCUUAGCUUUAUCGCUUGCAUCUCUCUUAGCAGCUCUAGUAAUUAAUCAGUUGUUUAUAAAUGGUUAUGGAUCCCGGCUACAAUGAUACGUCUGGUGCUAUAAAUGAUUUCGAUUUCGGAGAUGAGAUGAUUUUACCUGGUUUUGAUCAGUCCACAAAUAUUGUGAAUGGGUUUAAGCUUAAUGAUGAUUAUGUAGAUCUUAGUUUCUUGGAUAUUCCUGACCGUCCGGUUGAGCAUCGUCCGGGUUAUGCUAAUAAUAACUCGUCUUCUGGGAGUUCUGAAGUGAAUUCUCCGGAUGAGUUUUCGGAUGGUGUGCUCAAGUUUCUUAAUCAGAUACUUAUGGAAGAGAAGAUUGAUGAGAAGCCGUCUAUGUUUCAUGAUCCUCUGGCUUUACAAGAGGCUGAGAAGUCUUUUUAUGAAGUUCUUGGCAAGCAAUAUCCUCAGCAGACUUUUCAGCCCCCAGCUGAUAUUUAUCAAAGUGUUGAAAGUGUGAGUGAUUACUUUGCUGGAAGCUCGAGUGAGGCCAGUACUAGCAGCGGUAAUAGUGUUGGGAAUAAUCACUAUGAGCAUUCUCAGUGGGCUGGUGAUUCUCUAGAUUUGAGAUCAUCGAUUCAGCACAAUCAACCAUCACAAUACUUAUCUUUUUCCAACAUGGAGAGCAGGCCAGAGCGGACAGUAGCUUCAGAAAACAGCUUCAAUAACAAUAUUAAUGGCUCAAUGGACUAUUCGAUGAGUACCCAUGUCAUUUCAAAUAUCUUUAAUGACAAAGAUUCUAUGUUGCAGUUCAAGAAAGGAAUGGAGGAAGCUAGUAAAUUCCUUCCUAGCAUUCCUCAGAUAGUUGUUAACUUGGAUAACUAUGCUUUACCUUCAGACACGAAAGAAGGGCAUCCUGCAGUUCAAGUGAAGGUCGAAAUGGAUGAAAUCUCACCGAGCAGCUCAAGGGGGAGGAAGCAGUAUCAGCGUCAGGAUAGUUUGUCGGAAGAGGAUGAGAGGAGCAGCAAACAGAUGGCAGUUUAUGAGGAAGAAGUUGAGUUAUCAGAAAUGUUUGAUAAAGUUUUGUUAUUGGGACCAUCAUGUGGCAAGGAAGAACCAAUUGAAGGAAGCGCAGUUGCGCAUCUUGAUAAUGUUACAACCCGUGGAGCAAAAGGGGCCAAGAGUCGUUCUGUGAAUAUAGACAAUAAUACUGAAUCUGUAGAUCUGAGGACUCUUCUGAUCAGUUGUGCACAAUCUGUUGCUGCUGAUGAUCGAAAGACUGCAUAUGAACAAUUAAAGCUGAUUAGACAGCACGCAUCUGCCUCUGGAGAUGCAUCUCAAAGACUGGCUGUUAUCUUUGCAAAUGGCCUUGAGGCGCGUAUGGCUGGCACUGGUACUCAGUUAUAUGCAGCAUUAUCAUCCAAGAGGAUCUCGGCUAUAGAGAAGUUGAAAGCAUUCCAAGUAUACCUCUCAGCCUGCCCGUUCACGAAGAUAUCAGUUUUCUUUGCAAAUAAUAUGAUUAUGGACAUGGCAUCAAAUGCUUCAACACUUCACAUUAUUGAUUUUGGCAUUCAGUAUGGAUUUCAGUGGCCUGUUUUUAUCCAAAUUCUCUCAAGAAGACCUGGGGGACCACCGAAGCUUCGUAUCACUGGAAUAGAAUUGCCCCAACCUGGUUUCAGGCCAGCGGAAUAUAUGGAGGCGACAGGGCGUCGUUUGCGAAGUUAUUGUGAGCGUUUUAAUGUUCCCUUUGAGUACAAUCCCAUAGCGACUCAAAACUGGGAGACAAUAACUGUGGAGGACCUCAAGGUUGACAGCAACGAAUUUGUUGCCGUUAAUUGUUGUUUGCGGUUUAGAAACCUACUUGAUGAGACUGUUGUGGUGAAUAAUCCAAGGGAUGCUGUUCUUAAAUUAGUGAGGAAGGUAAACCCAAAUAUAUUUGUGCAGGCUGUUGUUAACGGGUCCUAUAGUGCAUCAUUCUUUGGCACAAGGUUCCGAGAGGCACUCUUCCACUAUUCUGCAUUGUUUGAUAUAUUUGAUACUACUAUACCUCGUGACGAUCCACAAAGGUUGAACUUUGAGAGAGAAUUUUGUGGGCGUGAGGUCAUGAAUGUUGUUGCAUGUGAGGGUGUAGAAAGGGUUGAAAGGCCCGAGACAUAUAAGCAGUGGACGGUCCGCAAUAAUAAGGCAGGUUUUAAAAUUCUUCCAUUAGACCGGAAACUCCUUAAGAAGCUAAGUUAUAAGGUAAGGGCAGGCUAUCACAAAGAUUUUGUUUUUGAUGAUGAUGGUCAGUGGAUGGUGGUUGGGUGGAAAGGUAGAAUUCUCUAUGCCACUUCUGCUUGGGUGCCCGCGUGAAGUACUUAUAUUGCAAUUGAAAACAACAAGAGUUUACCAUGGAAGUCUUGAUUACUUGUCAAAUCGAACACAUCAAGUACUUCAAACUCUCAGACUAUAUUGUCUCAGAACUUUCACUCUCCUUGAAUGACAAAAUUAGGCACAACAAUCUAAAGCCUACAUCAUUUGUGAAUCCCGACUGAAGGAUGAAUAAUGAUCUUGUGAAUGCCACGGCAAAUUAAUCUUGGUGCGGGACAGGCUUGUUAUCCAGUUGGUUUUGCUUGUUCAGCAACUUUAGCAUCUGACCCUUCUAAAACUGGUUGUUUUGAAGGUGACCUGGUCGGAGUUAAGUGAAACGGAGUUAUGUCCAUGUAUCCCGGUCUUCACGAUAUUUCUAGGACUCCUAAUUAGAUGGUUGAAGAUGCUAAGUAACAUAAGUCCGCCUUCUUGGCUUAAUGCUUUACCUACAUUUUUGUUUCUAAAUUAUGAUACUCUCGCCAUUUUUGUUUUCCAUAUAUGAUAGCUAGAUAGCGUCGCCAUCAUUCAACAGGUCAUUGUUGUAGUGUAGUAUGUGAUCUUCACAUGCAGUUGUAGUAGACUUGUAGUUUUAUAGAUUAUAUGCCUAGUUUCAGAAUGAUUCCAACUU